AUGCACUUCGAAUCUUCACCUGGAACAUCACCUUCACAACCUAUAUCGAUAGGCAGGAUGCAGUCCUCGCCUACGAGCUCAUUUGUGAGCAUACCACAAUCCGGAACAUUUGGAUCACCACUAUCACGACGGACCUCAGCAUGCGCAUACCCCAGCUGGCCACAAAGCGAAUCUCUAGGCAAUGCUCCAGGAUCUUUCCGGAGUAGUGCACCCAGCUCAUUCAUCAGUGACGAGGAUCUCUUUGGAUUCGACGACGAAACACCCUUCCUCAGCGAGGCGCCAGCACCACCAAGAGACGUUACCACGGCCCAAGCAUUUCCACUAUUGCCACUGUACGCAUCAGCAGAGAAGACCAAGAAGAAGAGGCGAUCCAGCACCAAGACCAAGGUUCGUCGCAGCUCGAAGCCGAUGACUCCCAUCUCAGAGUCGCCUGAGGCACCGGAAUGA